AUGGCUUCCGGUCCUCUAAAGGCAGCUCUUCUUAUUGUCUCAACGACAGCAGCCAAAGAUGCAUCUGCUGAUGCUUCAGGCCCCAUACUUACACAAGUGCUCAAGGACGAAGGAGAAGGAAAAUGGGAAGUCCAUGAUACAAAGAUCGUCUCGGACGAUGUCCUCGCUAUCCAACGCCAGAUAAGCGCCUGGACUGAUGGGCCAGAUAGUGUCAACCUCGUUGUUACAACUGGCGGAACUGGCUUUGCGACAGGCGAUUCUACUCCUGAGGCUGUAACUCCUUUAUUGCAUAAGCAAGCUCCAGGUCUCGUACAUGGCAUGUUGGCUGCUUCUCUCACUGUCACACCUUUUGCAAUGAUGUCACGUCCAGCAGCUGGAGUCCGAAACUCGACCAUCAUCGUUACCCUGCCUGGCUCACCCAAGGGUGCCAAGGAAAACCUCCAGGCAAUCAUAAAAACCCUACCUCAUGCCUGCAUCCAAGCGGCAGGUGGUAACUCGAGAGCCCUUCAUUCUGGAGGAGUCAAGAAGCUGGAGGCCGAAGCUGGUAUCUCAAGUGAGAACAAACAGCCUUCAGCUUCUGGUCAUGGAUGUGGCCACCAUCACGGACAUAGCCAUGGGCACGGUCACGGCCAUAAUCAUGGGAACCUUGUUAGACAUACAAAACCUGGCACUACUUUGUCGAACGACCCUGCACUGGGACCAUCUCGUCGAUACAGAGAGUCACCAUACCCAAUGCUUCCAGUUGACGAAGCACUGGCACUGAUCGAACAGCAUACCCCUGGGCCAGAAAUCGUCACUGUACCAGUUGAUCAGACGAUUGUGAACUCAGUUCUGGCCGAGGACGUGAAGGCCAGAGAGAAUGUGCCCGCUUUUCGCGCCAGUAUCGUCGAUGGCUACGCUGUCGUAGCCCCGAAAGACGGCAACCUAAAGGGAGUCUUCCCUGUUACAGCUAUCUCUCACGCAGCGCCUGGAGAAAUUGGUGCUUUGAAGGAAGGAGAACUGGCUAGAAUUACUACUGGCGCUCCCUUGCCUCCUGGUGCUACUACUGUUGUCAUGGUAGAGGAUACCGUCCUUAAGACUAUGUCUGAUGACGGAAAGGAGGAAAAGGAAGUGGAAAUCCAAAUUGAGGGUGUUAAGGAGGGUGAAAACAUCCGCGAAGUCGGUAGCGAUGUCAAGGAAGGCACCGUGAUUCUCAACAAGGGCGAGACGAUCAGUGGUGUUGGUGGUGAGAUCGGUCUGCUCGCCUCUGUAGGAGUUUCAGAGGCCAAAAUCUACCGCCGUCCGGUGGUGGCCGUCCUUUCGACUGGUGACGAGAUUGUUGAGUAUAACCGCCCAGGAGAUUUGAAGCUGGGCGAGGUCCGCGACACAAACCGAAUCACUUUAAUGUCCGCUGCUAGGGAAUGGGGUUAUGAGGUUGUAGAUCUCGGUAUUGCUAGCGACAAGCCUGGUGCGUUGGAGGAGACCCUUCGUGAUGGACUUCGUCGCGCAGACUUGCUCAUUACUACUGGUGGUGUUUCUAUGGGCGAGUUGGAUCUGCUCAAGCCAACGAUCGAACGCUCUUUGGGUGGCACGAUUCACUUUGGUCGAGUUGCUAUGAAGCCCGGAAAACCAACUACCUUUGCUACGGUCCCGGUCAAAGAUAACUCUGGACAGCGGGUUACGAAAGCCAUCUUCUCAUUGCCUGGCAACCCAGCAUCUGCUCUGGUCACCUUCCAUCUGUUUGUGCUUCCAUCACUACACAAGCUGUCUGGUGCCUCUACUGUAGGUCUGCCAAGAGUUCCAGCAGUCAUCUCGCACGAAUUCCCUCUGGAUCCUCGUCCCGAGUAUCAUCGUGCUGUGGUCACGGUUGGCAAAGAUGGACUCCUCUCGGCGACCAGCACUGGCGGCCAACGCAGUUCAAAAGUCGGUAGCAUGAGAUCCGCCAACGCCUUGGUGAUACUGCCUAGCGGAAAGGGUAAGCUGGACAAAGGUUCAAAGGUCGAGGUCUUACUGUUGAACGCUGUUCAAGCAGCUUAA